CCCGCCCCUCCCGGGGCCGCGGCCCUUCACGCGCAGACGAGCGCUCGGAGCGGCAUGAAGCCACCGGCGCGGCGGCGAGCGACCCCCGCGCGCUACGUGGAAGAAGUGACGGGACCCCAGGCCUGGAGUCCCCGCGAGAAACGGCAGCUGCUGCAACUGCUGCAGGCGCGGCACGGCCAGCCGGAGCCAGACGCUGCCGAGCUGGCCCGGGAGCUGCAGAGUCGGAGCGAGACCGAAAUCCGGAACUUCCUGCAGAAGCUCAAGGCCCGUGUGGUCCGGGAGGCUAUUCAGAGGGUGCAUCCGGAUGGUCCACAGGGUGCACGGCGGCGGGAGGCCCAGCCCCCUGCCCCCAUAGAGGUGUGGAUGGAUCUAGCGGAGAAGGUCACAGGCCCGCUGGAGGGAGCCCUGACCACGGCCUUCUCACAGGCACUCACCAUCGCCACCACGGAACCCACCAACCUCCUGCACUCCAGGCCCGCCAAGCCCACGCAGGCGCGUGCAAAGCCGCUGCUGCUGAGCGCCCCCGGAGGGCAGCAGGACCCCGCCCCGGAGGUGCCUGGCCCCGCCCCCGAGGCCCCUUCCGAAUCCUCUUCUGGCCCCUCCCUGGCUGAAGGAGACUUCCCCGUGGACUUCGAGAAGAUUUACAAGUACCUGGCCUCCUUCUCCCGCGGUGGCCAGGGUCCUGAGCUCUCGGCUACCGAGGCGGCCGUAGCCCUGGACCUGCUCCUGUCUCUCCCUGAGGAGCUGCCGCGCCUGCCCUGCGAAGCCCUGGCUGAGCACAUGGCCCAAAUGUACAAUCGCCUGACGGCCCCCGAGCCCAGCCUGGCUGAGGGGAGCCCUGCUGGGGAGACCCCUCCCGGGGAGAGCCCUGCCGAGGCAGGAGGAGAGGCAGGCAAGGGCCAGGCCAGCUCCCAGGGCCCCGAGGGCACUGGGCCCAGCGACCUGAGGUCCACCUGGCAGGCAGCUGGCGUCUGCCCCCUUAACCCAUUCGUGGUGCCCCUGGAGCUCUUGGGCCGGGUGGCCAGCCCUGCUAGGUGAAGCCCACGCCUGACCUCCUGGGCGGAGCCGCCGUCCUGCCCAGCUGGCGCUGGGCCGUGGGAGGACCCUGGGGUGCCAGGUCCCCACCACAGUGCUCAGCCAGUGGGCGAGUCUGCAGGGUGCUGCACGCGACAGGGUCUCGGGAAUGGAACCACAGCCGCGCGGAGCUCCCGUGGGGACGCUGGCCUGCUGCCCGCUGUGCCUUGUUCUCUGCUGGGGGCCGUCACAGGCACCGGACACACCGUGCACCUGCGGCCUGCCAUUGUCCGGGUUCCGUCACACUCCCUCUCUCCUGCCCAGAUGCCCCCCCACCCCUUCUUGUGAUUCAAUAAAGUGCCCGCCAGCCUGCCUCACUCUUC